CUCGCAACACCACUGAAAAGCAGGUACUGUGAUUGUGGAGAAAACAGAAAACAUUCUGGUGAAAACAUUCUUUUCAGCUGGCGAAAAUUCUAAAGAUACAUGCACUUCAUGUAGCAAAAAUGCUCAACAACAAAAGGAUUAUUUGCCUAAUGAAAAAUAAACAAACUGUGCCAACAGAACCCACUGUGUCCAUAAAGAGCAAUGGAUCAGUUAAAAGACAAAAACUCUUCAUUGUAUCAAGGUUUUGAUCAGGAAGGAUCAGAUUCACCUUCACCCAGUGUUUUGUCUAUGAAAAGCGACCGAUCAAUGCAAAUGCCAAUUCAGUUAAGAAAUAAAACACAUCUACCACAUCUAAGUUUGGAGGAGAAAUCAUACUCUUCUGGUCCUAGUGUUUUGUCCAUGAAGAGUGACAGAUCAAUGCAAAUACCAAUUCAACUGAAAAACGGAUCAGUUCCGAUGGAAAAAAGUUUGGCAGAGAAAUCAGACUCUUCUGGUCCUAGUGUUUUGUCCAUGAAGAGUGACCGAUCAAUGCAAAUACCAAUUCAACUGAAAAAUGGAUCAGCUCCGUUGGAUAAAUGUUUGGAGGAGAAAUCAGACUCUUCAGGCCCGAGUAUUUUAUCCAUGAAGAGUGACCGAUCAAAGCAAAUACCAAUUCAACUGAAAAAUGGAUCAGCUCCGAUGGUAAAAAGGGAUUUACACAGUAAAUCACAUCAAGAUGCAGAGAAGACUUGCAACUCUCCUGGAAGAAUCAUGGAAUAUCAAUUUGAUUCAGAAACGGUUGAAGCCAAGGUUCAAAGAUUAAAAUCAGAAAUAAAAAAGAAGGAUCUGUACAUUUUUGAAGGAUUUACAAAGCAAGGAAACUCAACACUCCUAAACCAGAUCUACACAGAGCUCUACAUCACAGAGGGAGGGAAUGGAGAGAUCAGCAAUGAACAUGAAGUUAAAAGGAUAGAAAAAUAUUUGAGGGCUGCAGCAGGAGCAACAAUGGCAAUCAAAUGCAGUGACACCUUUAGACCUUUACCUGAACAAGACAAACCCAUCAGAACUGUGCUGACAAAGGGAGUCGCUGGCAUUGGAAAAACAGUCUCUGUGCAGAAGUUCAUCCUGGACUGGGCUGAAGGGAAAGAGAAUCAGGACAUCCAGCUUGUAUUUCCACUUCCUUUUAGAGAGCUCAAUCUGAUGAAGGGCAAAACACUCAGUCUUUCAGAUCUUCUUUAUGUCUUUUUCCCUGAAACAAAAGAAAUGAAAAUAUCCAGUGACACAUAUAAAGUGUUGUUCAUUUUUGAUGGUCUGGAUGAGUGUCGACUGUCUCUGGAUUUUCAGAGCGAUGUGAGGAUGUGUGAUGUAUAUGAAUCAAACUUAGUGGACGUGCUGCUGACGAACCUGAUUGUGGGGAAUCUGCUUCCCUCUGCUCUCAUCUGGAUCACCUCCAGACCAGCAGCAGCUGAUCUCGUCCCCUCUGAGUGUGUCCAUCGAGUGACAGAGGUACGAGGCUUCAAUGAUCCACAGAAGGAGGAAUACUUCAGGAAGAGAAUCAGUAAUCAGAGUCUCGCCAAUAGAAUCAUCUCACACCUGAAGUCAUCAAGGAGCCUCUACAUCAUGUGCCACAUCCCAGUGUUCUGCUGGAUCUCAGCCACUGUUCUAGAGAAGAUGUUGAGUCAAGCAGAGAGUGGAGAGAUUCCCAAGACUCUCACUCAAAUGUACACACACUUCCUGAUGGCACAGAUUAGCAUCAAAGACACAAAGUACAAUGAGAAGAAGAGCAAAGACAAAGAGAUGAUUUUUAAGUUAGGGAAACUGGCAUAUGAGCAACUGGAUAGAGGCAACCUGAUCUUCUAUGAGGAAGACCUGAGAGAGUGUGGCAUUGAUGUGACAGAAGCAUCAGUGUACUCAGGAUUGUGCACUCAGAUCUUCAGAGAAGAGUCUGGCUUGUAUCAGGGGAAAGUCUUUUGCUUUGUUCAUCUGAGCAUUCAGGAACAUCUAGCAGCUCUAUAUGUUCACCUCUCCUUCUACAACAGCAGAAUAAAUGUGCUUGAAGCACAUGAAUCUGGAGCACCAGUGACAAUGCUGAGUUUACACAAGUGUGCUGUGGAAAAAAAUCUACAAAGUAUGAAAGGAUAUCUUGAUCUUUUCCUUCGCUUCCUCAUGGGACUUUCACUGGAGUCAAAUCACAGCCUCCUAAAAGGGCUUUUGGUGAAGAAGACAGACAGCUCCCUGGAAAGAGAGAAAACUAUUGAGUAUCUCAAGCAAAAGAUAAAAACAAUUCCUUGCUCAGAAAUGGCUUUUGUUUUGUUCCACUGUCUAAAUGAACUCAAUGAUCAUUCCCUCAUUACUGAAAUCCAAAACUACCUGACCUCUGGGAAAACAAACAGUGACACUUUGUUCCCUCAUCAGUGGUCGGCUUUAGUGUACAUCCUACUGACAUCAAAUGAGAAGUUCAAUGUGUUUGAACUUGGUAAAUAUGGAAGAUCAGACACGGCCGUGUUCUGGCUGCUUCCUGUGAUCAAGUUGUCGAAAAAGAUAUGGAUGCAUGACUGUAAUAUUACAGAAAAAGGAUGUGCGAUGCUUUCUGCUGUUCUUCCAUCAAUAUCCAAUCUCAGAGAGCUGGACCUGAGCCACAACAACCUGCAGGACUCAGGAGUAGAAAUACUCUGUAUUGGAUUGAAAAGAUCACGCUACAACUUAAAACAAAUAGUGAGGAGCCUGGGUUCUGACGAUUGUAAUCCUGACCUUGUUUUUGUCGUUCUUCCUACUGCUGGACUAGAGGACAAAAAGUGUAGGCUGGAAACACUUAAUCUAAAGAACUGUGGAGUAACAGAAGCAGGCUGUGAUUUCCUGAGCUCAGCUUUGAGUUUAAACCCUUCACAUCUAAAAGUGCUGGACUUGAGCUGGAACGACAUAGGAGACUCUGGAGUGAAACAUCUCUGUGCUGCUCUGGUGAAAACUCAGUGUGCAUUGGAAACACUAAAACUUUCAACUUGCAAAAUCAAAGCAGAGGGCUUUGAGUCUCUAGCUUUAGCACUGAGGUCAAACUCUCAGCUGAAAGAGCUGGAUUUGGGCAACAACAAACCUGGAGAUCAGGGAGUAGAGCUGCUGUCUGCUGUUCUUCAUCAUCCACACUGUAGACUGAAAACACUGAGGUUGGACAAAUGUGGAAUCACUGAGAAAAGUUGCACCGCUUUGGCUUCAGCUCUCGGCUCAAAGACCUGCAGUCUGACAGAUCUGGAUCUGAGCAUUAAUGAUCUACAAGAUUCAGGCAUGAAGAAGCUCUGUGUCGGACUACAAAAUACUUACUGUAAACUAGAGAAGCUGAGGUUGUCCAACUGUAAUGUAACACAUGAAGGUGUGACAGCACUGACCAAAGCUUUGAAAUCAAAUCCAUCCCACCUGAAAGAAUUUGAUCUUCUUGAGAAUGAUCUGGAAGAAUCAGACUUGAAUGUGCUCUCCAUGAUACUGGACACAUCAUCACAUAAAUUGAAGAAAUAA